CAUGAGGCUGGGGGGUGAGAAUCUGCAUCCAUGGGGCUCAUUCAUCCCUCCCCAAAGCCAGGCCAUGGGGGAGGGUGGGGAACCCGCCCUCUCACCCAGCCCCCUUGGUCAGGAUGCCUUGGGGUAGCUUGUAAAGCUGUGGAACGUCUCAUUGUUCCCAGCACUGGCCCGUGGAUGUCAGUGUCCCCUCCCCUGCAACGAUACCCCGAUGGCCCCUGGGGACCCAUCGCCUCUGGUAUCCCGGCUAUGGUUACAACGGAGCGACGGAUGACUCACCCCCAGCUGGGAUCUGGCCCCAUUGCCUCUGUCUUUGGCAGUCAGUCAGGAUUCCCUCCCACUCAGCUGUGGCUACUGUGAGUGUCUCUGUGCUCUGGGCAGGGUUUUUAUGUGCCCCGGAGCCCGAGCGAAGAAAUAUGAACUUGGAUUUGUUUGUUUAUUUAAUAUCGCGCUUCUGAAAGUUGCUGCAGCCCAGGAGAUCAAAGAACCAUAAAUCCAGCGCAGCCUCUCCUCCGUGCCCUGUGGUAGAAUCACUAGACCCCACUCCUCUUCCAGAGCCCGGGAGUCCUGGCUUCCAGCCCUUCACGGCUCUAACCACCAGACCUCACUCCCCUGCCUGAGCUGGGGAUAGAACCCAAGGGGCCUCGCCCCCAGCAGGGUGCAGUAGUUGACCCGUGGAAAGGGAGGUUCAGACUCACUUGAGGACGUGCUGGUUCACACCUCGCACGAGGAAGUAACGAUUGCAUCUCUCAUCCUUUCUGCGUGGAUUUCCGAGGAGAGGGACCGGUGGGGUUUCCUGGGGCUCAACCACAGACACAAUUUAACCAGCUGCCUGGACUACAGAAAACUCACUCCCCAGCCAGGACGCAGGAGACCAGCCACCAGCUCUUCCCUGACACAUUGCCUGCGGUCAUUCCCUGCCCGGACACCUGGGUUCCAGCCCUUCUGCAGGCUCCCAGCGCACUGGCUGCUGGAAAGGAGAAGCCAAGACGAUGAUUGGGAUCUCUUUCAUCCCGGUGGUUCUCACUGUCUACAUCUUCACCUUCCUGAUCGGCCUCCCGUCCAACCUCCUGGCCUUCUACACCUUCCUGGUGAAGGUCCGCCAGAAACCCACCCCCGUCGACAUCCUUCUCCUCAACCUCACCAUCUCUGACAUCUCCCUCCUCAUCUUCCUCCCCUUCAAGAUGGUGGAGGCCAUCUCAAAUGGGGCAUGGACCUUGCCCUCUUUCCUCUGCACACUCACCAGCUUCGUCUUCUACAGUAGCAUCUACAUCAGCUCCCUAUUCCUCAUGGCCGUCAGCGUUGAGCGCUACUUGGGCGUGGCCUUUCCCAUCAAGUACAAGCUCCGACGCCGGCCAGCCUAUGCCACCGCUGCCUCCGUGGUCUUCUGGGUGGUCGGCUGUGCCCACUGCAGCAUUGUCUACAUUAUCCAAUACCAAGACUUGAAUAGGACCGCAGUCUCCAACAACAGGUCCCACUGCUACGAUGAUUUCUCCGAUAGGCAGCUCCAUGUCCUCCUCCCUUUCCGGCUGGAGCUUUUCCUGGUCCUCUUCUGCCUCCCUUUCACCGUCACCAUCUUCUGCUAUGUCAACUUCGUCCGCAUCCUGGUGGCCUUGCCCAACAUCCCGGCCCGGAGGAAGCAGCGGGCUGUGGGCCUGGCCGUGGCCACCUUGUUCAACUUCAUAGUCUGCUUCGCUCCCUACAACCUGUCCCACGUGGUGGGCUUUGUCCAGAACAAGAGCCCCUCCUGGAGGGUGUACGCUCUUCUCCUCAGCACGCUCAAUGCCGCCUUGGACCCCGCCAUCUUCUACUUCUCCUCCACUGCUGUCCAACGGGCCUUCACCAAGUGCCUGGCCGGCCUGUGGCACAAACUCAGAGACUUCAUGGUCCGGUGCCAUCUCCCCUGCUUGACUUGCUGUGGGGAAGGGGGCAGAGAGUUGGAGGCAGCCAGUGGGGACGAGGCUGAGGGUUCAACGACUUGACUCCCAGGGUGAGACCAACUCUCUGUUUCCUCCGCAGAGCCUUCCUUGUCCCAUGCGCCGUAGGAGCAAGAGAUCCUGCACUUGAGCCCGGGACGGCAUCUUCUGUCCUUCCCUGCACCUCCCGAGAGGGCUGUAGGCCUCCUUAGACAGCAGUGUGCGGCCGGGCUUGGAGUUGGUGCCCAACUUCGACAAGGCUUUGGCCUACUUGAGCUUCUAUGUGGUUGGCCAAACUUGGCUCCAGAGGGCUUUGGCUGAUCUGAAGUCGGGGUCGCCAUGGUGUCAAGGGCCUUCCUAUGCUGCUUGCGGGCCACAACCAAGCGGUUGACCAAGCGCCCACCGGACUUUGGCUUACUUCAGCUUUGGAGUGAGUGUCCCAACUUCCUCAAGGAUCCGGCCUCUCUCAGUGUCAGGGUCACCAUGGCGUCAAAGGCCUUCCUUUGCCGCUGCUGGCUCACAAGUGAAACAUAGACCGAUUUCAGCUGAAGGGUCCCCCCGGCGCCCUCCACUCACUCCUGGUCUUUCCUUCUCCAUGGUUGGGCCCACGGGCAAGCAAGUGACUAUGGGCUGUAACUGCAAGUGGGGGUUGCUUGAGGGAGGGCAAACAGGCUGGGCUGAGCUUGUCCCGUUUCAGGGGAACCAUUUAGUGGCAGAUGAACAAGGACCAGGCUCCAUGAGGGGCCCAUGGGCCCUGAGUUUGCCCUUGUUGAGUUAUGGAGAGCUCCUCCUCCUUGGCCACUAGUAUUAGUCUUUGUUGGCCUCUGUGGAAAUGUAGUUACCGCCUCGGUGGGACUGGAACGCAAGAGGCUGCAGCCCAGCACGCUACUGCUUGAGCUAAAGGAGAAAUGCCGUGUGUUGGCAGCAGUAGUAAGGCUGUUAUCUGCCAUGUGGACGGGAAGGAUUUGGACUCUGGACCUUCACUAUCAGCGCACAGUGCUCUAUGCAAGCAGUGGUGGGAAGGCUCUUACUGAGCAGGAUUUGAAAGCAGGACUUCUAGCACCACAGUGAAAGGCUCACGUGAUCUAAAGGCGGAGUGCCUUUUGCAGCGGUAGUAGGGCUGUUAUCCUCCAGGUGGGUGGGGGAUGGGCGAUUAGCAGGCACACGUACAAUGGACGCUGGUCCCUGCGGGUCUGUUCCAGGUCUGGACGUAGAGCUGAGAUCUCCCUUGCGCAAGGUCCUGACCUCC